UGUAUGUUAGAAAUGAUUAGAAACAGAGAUGUAAAAGAGAAGACUAAGAGCGAAAGAAAAGGGAGAGAGAUCAGAGGUUGACUUGACUUUGUCGACAAGGCUACGAAAACACUAAACUCAUCGGCGAAUAAACCUCUCCUCCGAUCAUCGGGGAGCCUCCUCCAAACAUGGAGUAUGCAGAACUGGGUCAAAAGAAGAAGGAUGAGAAUUUGUGUAAAGAGAUAGUGGGAGUUCUGGAAACAGAUGGCUCUCAGAGGGUUUUGCUAGCUGGUGAAGCUGGAAUCGGGAAGACGAGGCUGGCCAAGAUGGUGGGCAAGCAUGCCACUGAUGCCGGCCGUUGUUUUCUCACCAUCUGCUUGCAUCUCAACAGAAAGUUUGAUGAUGACUUGUCGCUUUACGAGAACAUAGCUUCCCAGUUGUGUCUGUACUCUGAUUUUGAAGAGACCGAAGUGGAUGACAGAGAUGAAGAUGAGGAGGAAGAGAAGAGGCCGGAAGAUGUGUUGGCUGAUUUGAAGAAGAUGAUAAGUGAGGAAAUAGAAAAGGUGAAAGAGGCGGCGGAGAAAAAAGCAAAAGAAUUGGCUGAGAAAUCCAAGGAUAAGACUGCUAACGGUAAGGAGAAGACACCUGAUGAAGGGGAGAAGAAACCUAUCCCACCUCCUUAUCUUCUGUUGAUUCUUGAUGAUGAAGGAAACAAGACUAGUGAGGACAAGGUGAUGAAGGAACUAAAACGUGAGAUGUUUCUUAGUGAACAAAAGUUUCUUCAAGGUCAGAAGAAUCGUCUCAAGAUUCUUAUUACAAGAAGAAAAGAAGAGGAGGAGCGUUCGAAGGCUGCUGGUGAAGGUGCCACAGAGGAUGCAAAGAGUGAGCAGGAGGGUGACAGCGAACAUGAUGGAAUCAAGUCAGAGAAAAGUGAUAAUGAGUCGGGUGGGGAAAUCAAACCACAUGACAGCGGUGAUGAAGGGAAACCUGAGCCCCAAGCCCCAAACAAAGCAACCGUUUUAGACCCUAAUGGGAAAGGCGUUCCCCCUAGUGGAGAUGAGUUCCAUACCACGGAUAUGUCAGAGUCUUUGCUUAAGUCGAUCAAUGAGCCUAAUAAUAUGAAGGAUCUAUUUCAGUCUCUUAUGAAGGAUUGGAAGACUUAUGAGAAAUUUAUACCUGAGAUGGUGGAGAAGAUCAAGAAGUCGCCAGCUGCAAUCUUCGUGCUAGCCAAGUCCUUAAAGCGGAUCACUCCGAGCACUAUUGAUACAGUAGAAGGAAAGGAACUAAAACAAAGGAUAGAGAAAAAGAUAGAAGAGGUUCUCUCAGCUGCUCGUCCUUCAGAUUCUUCUAUCAAUCCAGUCCUGCGUCUUGCAUAUGAGCUGUUGGAAUUCGAUUUUCCUUUGAAGGAUGCCAUCUUGGAUUGCUUUUGGCAUAGCUUGGACUUCUUUGAGCACUGUGGCAGCGUUUACUACCGUGACCUCAUCACACAAUGGAUACUCGAAGGCUACUUUGAUCCCGUUAGGUCCGUCGAAAAGGCGUACCAGGAUGGUCAUCUAAUCUUGAUGGAGCUUAUAAACCGCGGAAUGCUGAAGAUACAGGAGAACAAUGUGGUGGUACCAGAGAGGGCCAUGAGCACUUUAAUCGAUCCUCGACCCCGUGGGCUUUUCGGAAGAUCAAGACUUAGGUUCUCUAGAGUUUAUUGUGGUGACAAGAGAAAAGGCAUAGGGAAAAUCACUCAGAUAGAUGAUAUGAUUAAAACAGUGCAAGCAAAGAAAGGAGACAAGGUUUCCACGGUUCUGGUUAGUGGAGACCGUCUGCGCCGUGAAACUCCUGUAAAGUAUUUCAAGAAGUUGAGUGAUCUCGAAGUACUUGGUCUGUUCGAACCCACACUGGAACCUUUUAUCACAGCUUUUACAAAUCUUGUCAAACUCCGGGUUCUUGUUAUCAGGGACUGUGAUCUACUGACGGACAUUGAGGAGCUUAAGGAUCUUCGAGAACUACAUGCUCUUGAAGUUUCUGGUGCGAGCUCCUUGAAGAAAAUCUCUGACGGAUUCUUCAAGGCAUUGUCUAAACUUCAAAGUCUUCACCUCUCUGGACUGCAGAUCACAUCUUCCCCUUCCAGCAUUUCUGAACUCACAGAACUCCACUGUCUCAUCAUCAAAGACUGUCCAUUACUGGAAGAUUUGCCAGACAUACAGGAGCUUGUAAAGCUCGAGGUCGUUGAUGUUUCUGGUGCUCGUGGGCUUCAGACGUGUUUCGACAACACGAAAGGAGAGAAGAAAAACAAAAGCAAAAACAAAAACUUCUAUCAUCUCACAAAGCUUCAGCUCCUUGACUUCUCCGAGAGCCAGAUAGAGCGGCUACCAAUAUUCCAAGACUCCGCCGUAGGAGACAAGCUUCACUCCGUUAGGCGGCUGUUGUUGCGCGACUGCCGCAAAUUGAGAAGGUUGCCUAGUUUGAAGCCUUUGUCAGGUCUGCAAAUUCUUGAUCUUUCUGGCACUACCAGCUUAGUGGAAAUGCUUGAAGUGUGCUUUGAAGAUAAGAAGGAGCUCUUAUCUCUUAAUCUCUCGGGAACUAAUCUGAGCGAGUUGGCGACCACCAUCGAGGAGCUGACAAAUCUUAACAAACUCCUCAUGAAGGGUUGCACCAACAUAGAAGUUCUCCCAAACAUCCAAAAACUCACAAACCUCGAGGUCAUUGAUGUUUCCGGAUGUGAAAAGUUGCAUACCAUUGAGGGAUCAUUUGAGGACAUGUCUUACCUAUGUGAAGUGAAUCUCUCUGGAACCAAAGUGAAGACACCAAAGUUGCCAAACAAGACUGAGAUUCGUUGUCUGAAGCGUAUUACUCUGGCAGAUGGAACGCCUUUUGAAGGUGAGGAUUGGAGCGAAAUAAGGGAUAAGAUUGAAAGUAAGAGAUCUGACGAGGCUAGCUCCUCAGAAAAGGCGUCUGAAGAAAUAGGAGAGGAGACGCAGCCAAAGGAUGCUCCAGCUAGUGAUAGUACUGAUAUGGGAGAUGUUAUCAAGGAACGUCUUUGCCAUGUGCCCAUUGAGAAGGAUAUAUACAAGACCAUACUAUCACGUUUUGAUUCUCCAAUUCAGAAGGAAGUCAUGAAGAUCCAUGAAUCUAAAGACCACCUACAAGGGGAAGCCUCAGCCAAUGCUGAGCUUGUGUCACUUGUGGACAUUGACUCAACAAGGCUUAAAUCUUUUUUUAGCGAGAACAAAUCAGUCAAAGAUUGCUCGCUAAGGAUGUGCAGGGAUAUACAAAACCUUUUCUCUGAAGUGGAUGUGGAAAGUUUGGGAUCACUGGAGACAUUAUCGAUUUCAAACUUUCCAUCGUUGGAGACUAUCUGCUGGGGUGACAGCAUCAAGAGUCUUAAGAAGCUAAACAUAGAUUGCUGCCCGAAAAUCAAAACGCUUUUCCCUGUGAUGCCUAGCAGCUUAGAAGAGGUGAACAUAAAGUAUUGUGAGAAGCUGGAGACAGUUGUUGAAGGAAUCGACCUCUCAAGUCCUACUAAUUCGAAACUGCAAGUGCAUAUAUGGCCAAAGUUGGAGGAAACUUCAGAAGACUCGGUCCGUGAUCCUUGAGUUGUCUUGCACAAAAUCUUGACUGUUUUCAGGUUCAUCUGAGCAUUUUAAACUGCUGUAUAUUUGCAGGACUGGGUUAUGGUAUUGAGUCCCUGAAAGUAUCACGAAGAUCACAGAAGUAGAUGGAGCAGCAAGAUCCUCUUACUUUGCACUAAGCAUCUGGAUUGUUGAAUGUAAUGAUUUACGUACUCUUUUAUUCGUGUGUCUGAACUGUUGUGUGUUUGAAUAACGACCGGCUAUAAAACAACAUCGUACCGGCUUUGUUUCCGUUGUGAAAUAACUGUUGUGUGUUGUUUUGAUUUCUCAAACAUUGUAUAACAGUAUUGUUGAAAAAGUGAGUUUCUGCUAAA